CAAAGAGCUUAACAAACAGCUGCUUCUUCUUUUAGUCACCCAAUUUCUUUGCAAACUCCUCAGUUCAUUUGUGUUCUUGACAGAAGUCGUCGUCGCUCUUUUCGUUAGCUCUGGAAAUAAAAAUCCAACAGAGAUUGCAGAAAUUAUCUAAACACAAGCAUGGAAUACAGCAAACUUCCCCCUCAGCCGCCGGCGUACUCUCCACAGAAUCAUGGAACUUGGAAUGCUGCUGCGAGCGCUCCACCCACCGAACUGAUCCAUGCAGCUCCAACUCCCAUUUAUCCACAACGUCCGACUGUUGAUCCGGUAAAUGUUGUGCACCAGAACACGAUCAUCAUUGAGAGUCAAGGACAAGGCGGGCCGGGAAUGACCUGCCCCCAGUGUCGCGCCCGCGUCAAGAUGCGCGUCGAGCAUCAUGCAACUGGAAAGACCUAUCUGCUGGCAGCGCUGCUCUGCCUCUUCUUGUGCUGGCCGUGCGUUUGCGUGCCCUGUUGCUGCAACUGCUGCUACAAGACCAGUCAGUUCUGCCCCAAUUGCAAUGCCUGCCUGGGCAGCUUCUAAAUGACAUUCCCGAGAACUUGAGUAGCUGCAUAAACAAAUAACACUUCCAAAAUUACAAACAUAUACACACACACACACACACACACAGCCUACAGAUCAACAUUGUCGAAAUAUUUUCUCUCGACUUCGAAGCGAUAACAAAAACUAAAGCUGAAAACGGAAACCAAGUUUCAAGGUUCUUUUGAAGUGAGCAACGAUUCGCUUUAAAUCACAUCGUCAGCAUUUCAAAUAAACACAUGCCAGAUCGUAUAUGUAACUCCUAAAAUACAUAUAUACCAUAAUAAAUUUA